AUGGCGCCCAUUCGAGGAAAGCAACAUUGCUGGCAAGGUCUCGGUUACAAAGCCAAAGAAAGCCACCUUGUCACCCCCUACCAGUGGGAGGGCCUAUCCUGGGCCUACAGCACCGCCCACAGGAGAGCAUUCUACCAUCCGGACAGUAGAUCAGGCAACGGUAUCGAAAGGCUGCGUAGUCUUGGUGGAGAUGUCAAUGCACCAUCACUGGCAGAGAUCACACCUUCGGACCAAUCGCCAUGGCUAUCUGACAUGUCCUUCCCAACCGCGGAACCAGGAACCAGUCCUGAACAGGGUACACUCGCUUUGUCUGAUGAUGGUAGCCUUCAAGCACCUGAGAGCUUCAGCUUCGAAGCACUGCUUGAGGGAGACCAUGAGGAUAUAGAGGAAAUUGCGCGUCAGCCCGACCGGAGGAGCAUAGGGCCAAUUCAAGGACUAGCUGGAUCAGGUUCCUUCUCGCACGUUGAUGACAUGAACGCCGCACUUGGCUUGCUUAGAGAGCCCAAUCUUGGUAUUGCAAGCCCGGAAUUAUUAGUGUUACAAUUCGACAGGGUUACCUGUGGGAUACUAUCUAUAAAAGAUGGGGCCCAUGAAAACCCAUGGAGAACGCUGAUAUGGCCGUUGGCUAAAGACACCCCGGCACUCUACCAUGCAGUUUUUUCUUUGGCUGCCUUCCAUUCAAGCAAAGAAGUCCCAGCAUUUAGGGUACUUGGAGUGGAUCACAUGCGUAAGAGCAUCACUUGCAUGGUGCGAGAUAUACAGAACAUGAGAGCGGAUGCCGCUUUAGCAACGAGUCUAGCUCUCGCCUUCGCCGAUACCUGGGAUCAGACCACUCGCUCCUGUAUCCAGCACCUUCGAGGUGCUAAGGCACUGGUGUCGCAGGUUGUUGGUUUUGGAUUGCAGAACGGGUUGUGUGGGGCCGAUCUAGAAAGGGUCCGGUUUCUUUAUAAUACUUGGUUGUAUAUGGACGUUAUUGCGCGUUUGACAUCUCAAGAAGAUUGUGGGAGCCCGGAAAUAGACUUGUCGAUCCUUCAACUCCCUAAUGAUGCGGUGCAUGAGAUUGAUCCUUUGAUGGGUUGUGCCACCACACUUUUCCCGCUCAUAGACCGAGUUGCCCGAUUAAUACAAAGAGUACGAAAAACGGAUUCCAACUCCGUCUCACUCGUAUCCCAGGCCAUCGAGCUGAAGAGGCUUGUCGAGCAGUGGGAACCCCCAGAGUGGUUUGAGCCGCCCGAGGAUCCAACCUCUGAGGUUCAGCAUAGUAUCCAAACUGCACAUGCUUAUCGUUGGGCGACACUUCUCUAUCUUCACCAGGCCGUUCCAGAAAUGCCCUCCGAACCAGCCUCUGAGCUAGCAAAACGAGUAUUGAUUUUGCUAGCCACAGUCCCACCUAGUUCUCGUACGACGAUUAUCCAGAUGUUUCCCCUGUUAGCGGCUGGCUGUGAGGCGGACCAAGAAGAGGACCGCCAGUGGGUGUCGAAUCGGUGGACGGCAAUCCAGACUCGCGUUAUGCUGGGUUCGAUUGAUCGGUGUAUUGAUGUGGUCCGUGAAGUCUGGACUCGUCGGGAUGCUUUCGAGGCAGAGAAACAGCGACGGCAGGCCCGCACGGCUGGCCGUUCCAACUCCCACGCCAUUCCUCGGGAUAUGGGACGAGACCCGUUAUCGUUUUCAGGUUCCAUACUAGGGGAACGCCCAUCCAAUUACAAUAAUAAUAAUAUUUACGAUAAAGAUCCUCGGCGACGGUCGAUAGCGGAGGAGCGUGCGGUGCCCUCUAGGGCGUCUGCUGGAAACCACCAGCGAAGCUUGACAGCAUCUCCGCUGGAAAAUAUCGAGUUUGAAAAAACAGUUAGGGGAAGUUUACACUGGGUCAAUGUGAUGCAGGAAUGGGGUUGGGAAGGUAAGCGUUUAUGGUUCUUGCCUUGUCUCGAUGACGACUGA